UAUGCGCUGCUCUCGUCUAUGGUGCUUCUCUCGAUGCUCCUCGAUGCUCCUCGUAUCUCCAUAGUACUGGUGUAAACGGCAUAAAGCUGCGUUAUUUCUUCGCUCUUUCCUUUCCCUGCCCUUGUAUGUUCGUCUGGUUCUGGUAAGCGGCGAGCCGUAGGAAAAGGAGAUAAGGUUCCAAAGGGAAAAGAGAGAAAGAGAAAGGAGGUAAUAAGCAGUCGCAAGAAAAGGGAGCAUAAAAACGACGAGUGUUGGAAUCGUUGAUACGGUGUUCUCGGAGUGAGCUCCAACGAGCGAAAGACACAACGGGAGGUAGCGCAAGUGGCGUAUCAAGAUGGCGCAUAAUUUGGCACCGAGCGUCAACUGCUCGCUCGACGACAUUGACCUGAACGCUCUGAAGGAACCUGCUGGGAUCUUUGAGCUGAUAGAAGUCGUCGGCAAUGGAACGUAUGGCCAAGUUUACAAAGGUCGACACACCAAAACCGGUCAGUUGGCGGCCAUCAAGGUCAUGGAUGUCACGGAGGAUGAGGAGGAAGAAAUAAAGUUGGAAAUAAAUGUACUCAAGCGGUACUCGAAUCAUAGGAAUAUAGCUACAUAUUACGGUGCCUUCGUAAAGAAGUCAUCACCCGGUAAAGACGAUCAAUUAUGGCUGGUUAUGGAAUAUUGCGGAGCUGGCUCUGUCACGGAUCUCGUCAAGUCAACUAAGGGCCAGAGCUUAAAAGAGGAAUGGAUAGCUUAUAUAUCGCGAGAAAUACUGAGGGGACUUAGUUAUCUUCAUAGCAACAAAGUUAUCCAUAGAGAUAUUAAGGGACAAAAUGUUUUGUUGACUGACAAUGCGGAAGUUAAACUUGUUGAUUUUGGUGUUAGCGCACAGUUGGACAGAACAAUAGGUAGAAGAAACACGUUUAUCGGUACACCUUACUGGAUGGCUCCAGAAGUUAUUGCAUGUGACGAGAAUCCAGAUGCUACUUACGAUAAUAGGAGCGAUCUUUGGUCACUCGGAAUUACUGCUUUAGAAAUGGCUGAAUCACAACCUCCACUCUGCGAUUUACAUCCCAUGAGAGCUUUGUUUUUGAUUCCUCGUAAUCCACCGCCACGGCUCAAGUCGAAAAAGUGGGCCAAAAAGUUUCACGGAUUUAUCGAAACGGUACUGGUAAAGGAUUAUCAUCAAAGACCUUAUACGGAACAGCUUCUUAAACAUCCAUUUAUUCGGGACCAACCUACGGAAAGACAAGUCAGAAUACAGCUUAAAGAUCACAUUGAUCGUUGUAAAAAACGCAAACAGGAGAAAGAAAGAGAUGAUUAUCGAUAUAGUGGUAGUGAAAACGAGGAGGAUGAACCGGCAUUGGCGGGCGAACCAUCAUCUAUAGUUCAAGCACCUGGAGGUGAUACGUUACGCCGUAAUUUUCAACAGAUUCAGGAAGGCAGGACUCUGACGCAAGAUGUAUCUCCACAAGCGCCUGUCGCUAAAGAGAAACCAGGAAGUAGAUCUCAAAGAGAAGUGCCGGAACCUGGACCACCCGCGAGACCCGCGAUACCGCACAGACUCAUAGUGGUGCCCGAUCCACAACCACCGUCUCGUCCAUUACCUCCGACACCCAGAGAUGAUCCUCGACAACCGCACAAAGUAUCUACGCCGCCUUCUAAUCAUCAGACACCUGUUGGAGGAGGGGGAGGAUCCGGUGGGCAAUCUGCGCCUCAAAGGAACAGUGUCUUCAAGCCUAUGCUGCCGCCGAAGAAGCCAGAGGACAUGGAGAUACUGGCUGCUCAACUCAUCGAGCUUGGUGUGUCACAGGGCCCCGAGGCCCCGCCAAGGCCAAACAGGCAACAUAAGGGCCCUGCAGCUUCAUCUACAUCGAAUUCGGUGCAGCCUGCAGGUGGUAACGAUCAGAACAACAAACAGAUGCCGCAAUCUUCCAGUAUUCUCGAUCAAGCUCUAUCGAUUGAGAGUGACAGCGAUGAUGAUCUCGAAGAUGCUGGUGGGAAUAAUUUGAGAAACGAUGGUACUUUACUGGCCAGUGACCCACCCAAGCCGCUUCCCGAAUUUUCUCCUUUCAGACCGUCGUCGGAUUCGUCGUCGUCAUCUUCGCACAAUGCUCAAAACUCCCAUCACGAGGAUAAACCGAAAGGAGGAGCACCGAAUCGUCCGCUCCCACCAACCCCCGAUGAGGAAGAAUCGGGAGAUCGUACGCUAGUCAUGAAACGAAAACUUAGUCAGAUGUCAGACGAUCGUGCAACGGCUAGCGGCAACCGGCGUUCAGAAAUAGAUGAGCAGCUCCUUCUGAAGGAGUGGGAUUUUACCCGCUUCUUUCAGGGUUUUAAUGAAAAGUUGGAUAAAAUGAAACAGGAGCAUCAACAAGAAGCAAUCGAUCAAGCGAGCAAGUCUGAAUCCAACGAGGAUCGUUCAUCUUCGUCUAGCGAAAGAACGCUCAAGAGACAGGAGCAGUUAGCCCGAAGGAAACACGAGCAACAACAUCAUCAAAAGCAACAGCAAUUGAAACCGAUUCACAGGCGGCAAGAGAGCGAUUCGAAAUUGGGUAAUGCAUCGAGUGUCUUUGCACGUGCCUUUCGUCGUGAAAAUUCAGACUUUUUCCCAUCUGCAAGACAUUCGGCGUACCUGCAGAAGUCAUCGGAUUCAAGAUCUAGUAUAUUCGCUAGCGGUAAUCGACGCGGAAGCGAGAUAAGCGUUGCCGGCAUUGUUGGUAAGAAAGGCGGCAAUGUCCUCAACUCCGGAGAGCCGGUCUUAACAGAUUUCUCGUUGUGCCGCGAGGGGCCUCAGAGGCCCAGGAGAGAAAAGACCGAGAGCGAGAUCGUCUUCGGUAGUAGACAUGAGGCGAGGAGGUGCGAUUUCGGACGCGAUAAAGACGAGAAUGCAAGAAGACGCAGUUGUAGACCUUCGGAUGCUGCGGCAUCUGCCAUAGUCGAUGAUGCAGGAACGAUUAAGUCCAUGGCCAGUACAACGGCCAGCGAAUACAGCCCCGUUGUCACUCAGAAUCGCGAAGGUGGCGACCGUUCGAGAGGCGGAGGUAGCGGCGAUUUCCAGAGAUCGGACUCAUCUCCGGGUUCGCGUCCCAGCUCGGUCUUACCGGAUCUUUUGACUUCUUCGCCAGGUCAACGGCAGGACAAGUCAACUAGCGAGGAGUAUCGACAAGCGGUGAAAUCACCUCCGUUUGCGCUUCAACAGAAGCAGCGAUCUUUUCUGACUUUUGGAUUCGGAGCUGGUCCAGCGAGAAGAGAGUCCCACGUAAACGUUAAUGUGACUCCCACUAGCCACGAUUUAGCAUCGGAUACACCUGAGAUACGCAAAUACAAGAAGCGUUUCAACAGCGAGAUCCUCUGUGCCGCGUUAUGGGGUGUAAAUCUAUUAAUUGGAACCGAGAACGGCUUGAUGUUGUUGGAUAGGAGUGGACAGGGUAAGGUUUACCAAUUGAUCAGUAGAAGACGUUUUCAACAAAUGGAAGUUCUCGAAGGUCAAAAUAUCUUGGUUACGAUCAGCGGUAAGAAAAAUAGAGUACGCGUCUAUUAUCUUUCUUGGUUGAAGAGCAAAAUUCUACGGACAGAUGGUCACAGUGAUCAAGUCGAACGACGUAACGGUUGGAUCAAUGUGGGUGAUCUGCAGGGCGCUGUGCAUUUCAAAAUAGUGAAAUAUGAAAGAAUAAAGUUCCUUGUGAUCGCAUUGAAAGAUUCCAUAGAGAUUUACGCCUGGGCGCCAAAGCCGUACCACAAAUUUAUGGCCUUCAAGUCUUUUGGCGAGCUUGCGCACAGACCUUUAUUGGUUGACCUGACAGUUGAGGAGAGUUCAAGAUUGAAAGUCAUCUAUGGUAGCGCUGAUGGAUUUCACGCGGUCGAUUUGGAUUCCGCCACAGUUUACGAUAUAUAUUUACCAAAACAUACCCAGGGUCCUAUUUGUCCGCACUGUAUAGUAGCGUUGCCAAACAGUAAUGGCAUGCAGUUGCUACUCUGUUAUGAUAAUGAGGGUGUAUACGUAAAUACUUAUGGCAGAGUAUCAAAGACAAUGGUUCUUCAGUGGGGUGAGAUGCCUACGAGUGUCGCAUACAUUGGUACGGGACAAAUUAUGGGUUGGGGCAACAAGGCGAUUGAAAUUAGGAGUGUGGAGAGUGGUCAUCUCGAUGGUGUUUUUAUGCACAAGAAGGCUCAACGACUCAAGUUCCUCUGUGAACGUAAUGAUAAGGUAUUUUUCUCGUCGGCGAAGGGUGGUAGUUCGUGCCAGAUCUAUUUCAUGACUCUAAACAAACCGGGCAUGGCCAACUGGUGAUCCCGAAUGAGGCCAAAUCUGGCCCCAAGAUUAUUAUCCUCGCGUUUAUCUCCGCUACACAAUCCUCCGCGUGUAUCGGGAUAUACAGCAUCGGCGCGCACAUUCGCUCGUCCUUCACUGCCAGGACCCAGCGCCUUGGAGACCAGGAAGUGCGUACACCGUAUCCAACAUCUUUAUCAACAUCAACAGCAUUGUCAACGUCAAUAUUAUCGUCAUUAUCCUCAUCAUUAUUCACAUAAUCUUUCGUACAAUGACUACGAAGAAGCUGAAGAAUAUGAUAAUAGGUUCCAACAAUGCACCCGGUUGCCGUUACGAAGCACACCGGGGACGUUAACAUUCGUCAAUCUGCUUGUCAAGAAAUUCCUCUGUUUUUUCACUUGUUCGCCUUGCGGAUUGCGUAAUGCAGCUUAACGUGCGGCCGAAUCGCAGAGCGAAUUCUUCUCCAGCCCCUCCAUAAAAUAAGAGUGCACGAUGUAUUGCAUGCUGGUAAAUCGUAUUAAUAGUAUUCUAUGUAUUUUUCUUUCUUUUUUUUUAAUAUAAAUUUAUCCCUUUUUUAAAUAUAAAUUUAUCGCCUUAAUCACUACGAUAAGUCUGUACUUGUUUUGCGUUGGUAUGUAUACGUAAAGACCUUAAUUCUCAAGGAAUCUUAAAUAUUAAAAAUGAAAUAAAAAUGUGUUUUACCAUGUUUGGCGAAUAGUUAAUAAUUAAGAGUGUUUUAUACAGAAGAUGAUUUAGAAUAACGUAAUAAAGUAUGAACUUGAUUUGUGCAGAUCUUUCUAAAAAAUUGUGAGUGGAAAAAUUGUAGUUGUAAGAACAGUGUUGACGAAUUACCAGCUCGCAUAGCUAAUCGGUUGUUGCCGUGCAACUGUUUUGUAAAAAAAACCCGUGCAAUAUCGAUAGAUCGGUCUGUACAAAAAAGGCCCUAUUCUAAGAGACUUUUCUUAAAUCAAGGAUAUAUUCCGAUAAUCGAAAUAUGAGUGUCGUAAAGAUUCAGAGAUCUCGAGUAAAAAAAAAGAAAGAAAGAA